AUGGAUUGUUCAAAGCUGUUGGGUUUCGUGGUCUUGAUAUGCUUUACUAUUCCAAUGAUAUCAUGUUCUUCGGACAGACUGUUUAGUGCUUGGCCGAAGUCAAGCAGCGAUGAAAGUAUAAAAAUAAGGGUGAACAUGACGCGCAGAUCAGAGCGAGAGUUGAGCAUUCCUGAGAGAUUGCGUUCGGCUGUGGAUCGAAGUAAAGAACGAAUGAAGAAGAUAGAGGCAUUCGCAAAGCAGAAGAUAAGAGGACAAUUAGACGCUGAAACGCCCGUCGAAGUAGGGGAUGGAGAAUUUCUGAUGAGCGUUGCAGUGGGAACUCCCCCUGUGAGCUUCGAAGCGAUUGUGGACACAGGGAGUGAUCUGAUUUGGACUCAGUGCAAGCCUUGCCAGAAUUGCUACACUCAGCCUACGCCAAUCUUCGACCCCUCCAAAUCAUCCACAUUUUCCAGAGUUCCCUGCGGUGCUCCUCUUUGCGACGCUUUAGGGAAUACACAAACUGGAUGCAAACCACACUGUACCUUUAUGUAUGAGUAUGGUGAUGGUUCCUUCACCAGCGGUGACCUGGCCUUCGAGACACUAUCAAUUGGGAGCGAUAGCGAAGUUGCGGGCAUUGCUUUUGGAUGCGGGAAUCACAACGAAGGACAAGGAUUCUCUCAGGGCGGCGGUCUUGUGGGAUUAGGAAGAGGCGACCUCUCACUUAUCUCCCAGCUCGGUUCCAAAGCGGAGAACAAAUUCUCUUAUUGUCUUUUGUCCAUCACCGACUCUUCUUCACAAACCAGCCCUCUCUUUUUCGGUGAGGGUGCUUCUUUGAGUGGAGCGAAAACAAUGCCCCUCAUUAAGAGUAGUAUAAUUCCCACUUUCUGGUACAUUCCUAUUACAGGAAUCACCCUCAAUGGUAAGGCACUAGAUAUUCCUCCUGGAACUUUCGAUCUGCAGUCGGACGGAAACGGAGGUAUGAUCAUCGAUUCCGGAACCACUAUUACCUAUCUGGACGAGCCUGCCUACUCUCCUAUGAAGAAAGCAAUUCAGUCUGCCAUUGAUCUCACUCCUGUAGACGGUUCUUCUACGGGGUUGGAUCUUUGUUACGGCACAUCAUCCAGUGACGUCAUCUUGCCAACCCUCGUCUUCAACUUCAAAGGCGGCGUGGAUUACGAGCUACCAGCAGACAACGUUUUCAUUCAGAUAUCUGAAAAUCUCUUGUGCUUGGCGAUGCUGGGUAAACCAUCGGGGAAUGGUUUUCCUUCCAUCUUUGGAAACAUACAGCAGCAAAAUUUCCAUAUCCUUUACGAUAAUGCUCACAACACGCUCUCUUUCAAGCCCGCUAAGUGUGAUUCUCUGUAA